AAGAAGGCUUGGUGGGACAGGCUACAAAUAUUGAUAAGGUUUUUUUUAUUUUUUUUAUUUUACACAAUCUAAAGAUAAGAUUUAUAUUUUUUAGUUGUUGAAUUAAAUAGAAGUUCAAGGGAUUUUUUACAAACAGCAUAUCCUUGCACUAAUUCUGAUUAACAACCCAGAGAGCUUCCAGGAAGGAAAAUAGACCAGAAAAUGCCUUGGUUUUUCUUUAUAUUGUGGCUCAGUUUCUCAUUUAAUAAUUUCUCGGAGGGUGGCCAUGAUCAGAAGCAAUCUGCAGUUGUUGUUGGAACUGUUUACUGUGAUACAUGUUUCCUAGAGGAUUUCUCCAGGACUAGCCAUUUCAUUUCAGGUGCAUCUGUUGCAGUAGAAUGCAAAGAUGGGACUUCAAGGCCUAGUAUUCGGCAAGAAGUGAAAACCAAUGAGCAUGGAGCAUUCAAAGUUCAUUUGCCCUUUUCAGUUGGCGAACAUGUCAGGAAAAUCAAGGGAUGUUCAGUGAAACUGGUUAGAAGCAGUGAGCCGCAUUGUGCUGUGGCCUCAACCGCAACUUCAUCUUCACUCCAUCUCAAGUCAAGAAAUCAUGGAACUCAUAUUUUCUCAGCUGGGGUUUUCACCUUCAAGCCACUAAAACAACCAAGCCUAUGUGACCAAAAAUCAAGUGUUCAGAAUCCCAAACAACUCAAAAACAAAGAAUCAUCAGGAGAAAAUGUUGUCCAUCCUGAGUUAUUCUUUUCAACACCAUCAGUUUUCCAACCAGAUGACCCUGUUCCGGCACCUCCUAUCCUUUCUCCAAACCAGUUUCUGCCGCCCCCCAUUCUUCCUCCAAACCCAUUUCAGCCUCCUCCACUUCUUCCUCCAAACCCCUUUCAGCCUCCUCCCUUGCUUCCUCCCAUCCCUUUUGAGCCCCCACCAGCUCCACUAAUUCCAAACCCAUUUCAGCCUCCACCAGCUCCACUAAUUCCAAACCCAUUUCAACCUCCUCCUGCUCCUCUUAUUCCAAACCCGUUUCAGCCUCCACCAGCUCCACUAAUUCCAAACCCAUUUCAGCCUCCCCCGGCUCCACUUUUUCCUCCAAAUCCAUUUCAGCCUCCUCCAGCACCUCCAGCACCAUUCUUUCCUUUUCCACCAAUUCCAGGACCAACUCCUCCACCAUCAUCACCGCCACCACUUUUUCCUCCAAAUCCAUUUCAGCCUCCUCCAGCACCACCAGCACCAUUCUUUCCUUUUCCACCAAUUCCAGGACUAACUCCUCCACCAUCAUCACCGCCACCACUUUUUCCUCCAAAUCCAUUUCAGCCUCCUCCAGCACCACCAGCACCAUUCUUUCCUUUUCCACCAAUUCCAGGACUAACUCCUCCACCAUCACCACCGCCACCACCACCACCAGCCUUCCCGUUUCCGCUUCCCCCAUUCCCUUUCCCACCUAUACCUCCUUUCCCAGGUAUCCCCCCUGCCUCUACUUCACCAAGGAAAUCUUCCCCUUAAUUGAAUAUAAUUCCUUCACGUAUAAUUCUCCAAAAAUAACUAUCACGGUCUAGUCACCCACUCUUUUCUGUUUCUUUUCCAUUGUCCACUUUCUAAUGAUUGAUUAUACAGCUAUGUAAUUUGGCCAACUGUGGGGUUGUCUCUCGGUUGUUUGUAUCCCCUAUUGUCAAUAAGAAGCGCCGUGACACAAUUAUUGUACUACAAUAGUUCAAAUCCUGGAGUUAUCUGAUAAGCUUUCUCUGAAAUAUGAAGUUUUU